ACCCUCCAGGGUGAGACCUCUCCACCUUGGGUGCCAGGGUGAGCUCUACACGCCACUGAAGCCAGGGUUGAGGGGACUCCACCCUCCAGGUGCAAGACUCCUCCACCAUGGGUGCCAGGGGUAGCUCUGCGCACUGCUGCAGCCACGCUGCGUCCUGGCAACAGGUCUGACAGCCAUUUCUCCUGAAGCUGCUUGGGUAGCUGAAGAAGGACCUUCUGUGAUCCUGUGAUCGAGGCUAGAAUUACGGACUAGCGCCUUUGCUAAGACUGCCAUGGGGACUUCCCACAGCAAGUGUUGUCCCUCAUCCCUGCCCCCGGCACUGGGGGGCAGAGACCUGCCAGAAGGGUCCCACAAGAAGCCCGGUCGUGGCCCCCGCCGACUUCCCUCUACUGGUUGGCCACUCCGGGCUGCCUGGGCCAGUGCCACCACUCGCAGGUCAUCUUGCCGCCACCCUGCAACUGCUCCUCAGCAGUUGCAAAAAGUGCCUCCUCGGUGCUUUUCCAGGGUCCUGCGGUCGGACCCUUCGAUUUUUUCUUAGAGACUUGGGCAUUGCCACCUCCCUCCGCAUGCCUGGUCUCCUGAAAAGGAUGCUGCUGUCAGCUGCAGCUUUCAUGGGUUCCUGCAGCCCAGGCCGCAGACCCUGCCAGCAGUCGCCUUGUAGGGCGCAGGGGCAGGAAGUGGCUCCUUGCCAGCUUCCAGUACCCCAAGAACCCUGCCCAGGGAGGACUGUGAUCACAGCCCCUGGAGACAGAGGCCAAGUGGUGGCUGAGCAAGCCGAGCACCCUGUAGAUAGAGACCAUCAGAGAGGACGUCCCCAGGCCACUGGAAGAGCACAAUUUACUUUGAGGCCCCUGGGAGCCCAUAGCUGUGUGCCUGCCUUUGUGCUGAGGCCUGGGGCUCUGCAGGCAAACCUCUGCCCCCAGAGCUCCCAAGACAGAGCUGAGAGCUCCCGGGCCACCUGCAUGAGCUCCUGCCCCAAAAGAAACCCCAUCAGCAGCUCCUACAGCUCUACGCAAGGUCUCCGAGCCCUGAAGAGGAGGGCUCCAGACCUAUCCAAAGGGGAGCCACCCCUGGGAUGCUCUUCAUCCCCAGGGAUUCCCCCAAAGAAGGCCCAGGGUGAGAAGGUGGCAGAAGGCAGGGUGGGACAACCAUUGCUCAGGAAGAAGUCCUCACCCGCAAGAGACACCGGUAGGCCACGGAAACGCAAGUUUCCUCUCCUGCGCCGCCGCCAAGGGGAACCUCUGAAGCUGCCACCACCUCUGGAACUGGCCUGUCCAGUGACUGUUGAGGACCUAGACCGGGAGAAGAAGAAAGCUCUGCAACGCAUCAACCGUCUUCUGAUGGGUGAGACCCAGGCCAUUGGGGGCAGCUGUACCAUAGCCCCACAAGCCCAUGGGGGGGAUCCCUCUCCACUGGGAGGGGCCAGGCCUCUGGCAUCAGUGGGCCUCAGUCAGACCUUUCCCCAUCCCCCCAGCAGCACCACCGUGGUGGCCCACACCCCAGUGUGGGUCAGCUCUGCUGUCUCUUCCCAGAGCCAUCCUCCCAUCUCCAAUCGUACAGGACCGCUCUUCCCCAGCCUGCCAAUUGCUGCUUUCGCCCUUCCUCCCAGGCCAUCUCUCAGCACAUUGGCAGGCUUGGCUGCACAGCCAGUGGCCCCCUUUGGGGUCACACCCCCACAUCUGGGGCCUCCCUCCACUCUGGGUAGGCGCUUCCCGCACUCUCACCAGGGCCCAAAGCCCUACUGUACACACAGGCCCUCACCUGUAGCAAGCUCCAGCUCUCCAGCUCACGGGGUGCGAGGACACAUUCCGCAGGGGAAGCAGCCUCUCACCCCUGGAGCCACCGUCCCACCCGUCCCUGGGGUUCCUGGUGGGAUGAAGCCCAGAGCCCCCAGCUUUGUCAGCUGUCAUCAGCUUGGACACGUGGGAGCUCCAGGUCCAGGGGCAGCUCCGAUGCCACCCUUGACUGUGGGCCCAACAACCUUGGGCAGCCUAAACUACUCAGCCCUUGGGGCUGACAAACAUAAAAACACCACCAUGGGUGCUCAUGCCAGAACCCAGACACACUCAGUGACCUCAAUGGCAGCUACGAGGACAGACUUGUCCUUGGGUCGGACAUCAACCAAGAAAGUACCAAGCUCAGAAAGUAGAGAAACCCCCAAAACUAGAGAGCACCGUGGGGCAAAUUUGGGAAAUGACACCUACACUGCCCCUAGCCAGAGCACCACCAUGGCACCCCGAAAACACACAAAAGAGGGUAAAAAAGGGCAAGGAAAGAGUGGAGUUCCUACCCCGAGUGCCAUCCCUCAAAGCCUGCCCACCCAGAAACACCAAAGCUCACCUAAGGGGACAAGCACUACAAAGGAUAGCUCUAGUUUCCCUUCAGUCCCUGGGACAUCAAGGAGAUCAGAGAGCCCAGAUUUGCUCCCUGAACUGAUGUCAGCCUUUGGGGCCUGGUGUAGCUCCUCCCAAAGAGGAGAAACCCCAAGCAACAGCCAGCAACAUGGGGCAAGGUUGGAAUAG